CCUUGUCUCGAAAUUAAGUACCUUUCCAUAUUCUGAGAUUUCGUUGAUGUGUUAAUUUUACAAUAACCGAUCUGAUUAAACUAACUGAAUUGUGUUUUUCUGUAUACUGAAUAUGGGUUUCGUAAAUGGAAGAUCGAUGUUGACUUGCUAACCGAAGGAUUCAUCAGCAUUCAGUGUAGUUAGUGUUUGCGUAAAGAACUAGUUUUUAUGUAUUUCUGAAGAAAUGUCUCUGUUUUGGUACUCAAUUUUAAGUCUGCAUUGGGAUCUUAAGCUGAAUCUAGUGUUUGUUUAGGGAUCAAACGGGUACUUAAAUCACCAUUCUUGAAUUGGUUGUCCUGAGCUUAAAAGAAACACUCAACAUGUUUCUUAUUGAUGAUUCCUUUGUCACCUAUGCCGAGCAAAGCACAAGGUUGUAUGAUAAGAUGGAACGGGAUUUACAAGAAAAUGGACCGGUCUUCCUUAAGCAAGGUGAAACGUCUCAGUCAUUGUCACUCUCAGAUCUCUUCACACUGAAAGAUGGGAAAAUAUCACCUGUCCUGAAGGUUGCGAAUCCCCCUGUGCGAGCUAAUGUAUUACAUCUCAGCACAGAAUACUCUGUCCUAGUCUCCAAAGCCGUAGAAGAUGUGUUCAGUCCUUACUUUGAAAAUACAAUCUGGUUUCAGGACUCUGAGAUGUACCACUUUAGCAUGUUUCAUGCAUCAAAUCACAUUUUCUCCGUUCCAGCUACUGAAGAUGAGGUUGAUGGGGAAGCAGCUGCUGUUAAAGCAGUUGCUAAUAAGCUUUGUCCUUUGGAGAUUAUAUUGGAUAGAGUUCUAUUAACCUCGACUGGUGUUCUUCUUGGAUGCUGGAAGGUUAAUUCUGGAGAUGAUCCCAUAACAAUCCGCUCGAAACUGAGAUCUGUUCUUCCACAUGCACCGAAAAAGCAACUUUAUGAUACUGCAAUUCUUCAUACAUCAUUGGCAAGGCUGCUUGGUCCUCCAAUAUCUCCAACUGAGCAGGCUGGUACUGAAGACCAUCUCCAGCUUCUUCAUGAGUUGGUCACAAGACUAAACAACAAAAUCCGAGGAUUCAAGGCAAUAGUAACAGAGCUGUGGUAUGUAGAAGAGUUUGAUCUGCUGGCGCUCGCACUGGGAGGAAGAAUGAAGGUUCGAUCAUUCCCACUCGGCUGUGCAAAGAGCUAAAAGUUUACCUGAUUGUAAUCAAGAGGGAUUAUUAGUUCACCAUGAAGUUCAAAACCAUCAUGAAGUUCAAAACCAUCAUGAAGUUCAAAACCAUUUUGUCAUGUUCAUAUGUAAAUUUUCUUCAACUUAUUGUAGUGAAGAAAAAUAUCUUAUUCAAGUCAAAGACAAGAAAAAAAAAAAAAAAAAGGUUGUAUUUAACUUCUUACGUAUAUCAAAACGCUAUUUUCUUAUGUCGGCUGUCGAAAAGCUUACUUGAUUGAUUGGAGAUGAUACCUUGUA